AUGAUGUACCCAACGGACAGUUUGAAACAUGGACCGCUGAAGCUGAACCCGUUCGUCGCGCGGAGCAACCUCGACCGUGGCAUUAUGCUGAAGACGAUACAGAGCCUGUGCUACAAGAGCGGCGACGGGCUGGGCGUGCCAUCGCCGUUCCUGGUGGACAAUAUACUGCAGCAGACGAGCGACUACCGCAGCCAGUACAUCAACCAGCAGUUGGAGAGCUACGUGCUGCAGAGGUACGAGCACUCCAGGGACGACUCCCCUGAAGCGGACGAGGUGAGGGACGGUCAGGAGGUGGACGAGCGACGGGAGUCGAUCGACGAAUCCAAGAUGGAGAAUGACGAUGACUCGAAGAGCAGGGAAGAUGAAGAGAGUUACGAGAUGAAGAGCGAGGCCGCUUAUUAUAGCGAGCGCUACAGAAGCGAGGACCCUCGGGGCUCGGAGAAGGAGGUGCUCAGCGUGCCGACCUUGGCGAGGCGUUGCCACAGCUGCGGGGCAUUCGACUGCCCGCCGUACGCUUGCCAGAGGACCGGCUCCUCGGGGAUCCGUCGGCUGGAGGAGUUGGAGAAGCGCUUCAACCUCCACGGCUACCAGGAGCACUCGGGAGACGAGGAGCCCGCCAGGGAGGCGGGCCAGAGCACGGAUGAGAUAGUGAGAACGUGCGACGACUACGAGCAAAAGAAACCGCCACUGAAGUUCAGCGUCAGCGCCAUCCUGGGCGACAGGGGAGAUUCCACAAGGAGUAGCAGCAUAAACGGUAAGCGUUCAACGGUUCCGGCAAUACGUGACGGCACACCUUUUGUUAUAGAGACGUGUGAUUGCUAUUUGCGAGUAUAUGGAAGAGGGUUGACAGUGAAUGUUAGGCGGUUGAAACUU